CAGUUGCUCAACAGAUCCUCUUCUUGCCACCCCCCUCUUUAGGCCAUAUUUGCUACUAUUUUUUCGCCAUUGCUUGUGGUGCUCCAGUUUUUCCUUACAUCAAAAGCCAUAUCAAUUUAGGCGGAAAUUUUUCCGGUUCUUUUCAACCUCCACCACACACCCCGCCGCCCCUUAUAAACACCGUCUCUGGCCAUCCAUCUGUUGAACAACUUGGAAUAGAGGAAGUACACUUAGUCGGCCAAUAUGUCUGAAGAGAACGAUGAAUCCGAUGCCCGUUUGGAAGUUUACAUCCGUAUGAACGAUGAUAAUGAAAAGGACUAUGGAUUUUCAGUUGGUAUUAACGAUACGUUUGGUGAUUUGACCAAGAUCUUUACAACGUUGAAACUCUCCUUAAGACCAAACGUGUUCUACGAGCAGAUACCUCAGGGGUUUGCCAUUUCCACCGAUCCUGGUUAUUUGACCCCCUACGGUGGCUUACUCUUCAACGACGAUGCUCAUAAACAUCUCAAGACUAUGAAGCUGGAUGAUAAAGUCAGUGAUAACGUCUGGCCAGGACAGCUCAUCUUGCCUAUUUGGAGGUUUAACGACUUCAAUUUCUACUCGGUCAUAUUGUUGUUGUUGACGUGGUUGUACACAGAUCUGCCUGACUUCAUCUCUCCAACGCCAGGUAUUGGAUUGACAAAUCAAAUCACCUACCUGAUUGCAAAGGUGUUGACAUAUUUCGAUUUGGACCACGUUGCAGUGGAAGUGUUGAAAGAAACCACAGUUAAUGCAUACUCCAAGACUGCCCAGUCCAUCUUCUUUGCAGCACAUGUUCUCAAGUGUCUGUUUGCCUUUGGGGCUUUGUACUUUGGGUUGUUUAACCCUUAUUCUAUGAAUCCUAUUACAAACCACCAGAUUACCAGUAACGAAAAAUUGGAUGAGGAGAAAAGACAAGAGCUGAUCUCAAUUGGUUGGACCGGUUCAAGAAGGGCUACAGUGGACGAAUUCAAAGACUACUAUCGCGAAUUGGAGAUUGAUAGAGCUGGCGGUAUCGUCAAGGCUUCCAAGCUGGGUCUCUUUGAGAAAUUGAAAAGUCCAGGUGUUGUCCUUGGUGAGGGUGAAGGAUUCCAAACCAAGUCGACUGAAGAAAAAUCUUUGGCCAAAUUGGAAGAGCAUCCGGAGAAAUUCUACCUAUCAUACGAAUACUUCAGUGAAUUGGGCGAAUAUUUUGAGGAGUACCUCUCAUCAGCGUCAAAGGACAUAAACAAGGACAUCAAGGACUUCAGAAAAUAUGGGCCUGCAAGCAACACUGCCCGUAUACUGUCUAUUGUGGAAAAGAGAAGGGAAGCUGUAAACAAUUGAAGACAGAAACACUAUCUUAAACACCUAAUUUAAUAGCAACUGUGUGCACCACCCCUGUUAUUUUCUCAGCUCGUUGUAGUUCGCAUACACAUUCCUAUGCUCUGGUUUCAGUGCCUUAUGAUGAUGUACAAAGCAUGGAUGAUACCAGGAAUGUAACCCAGUAUGGUGAGAAGAACGUUAAGCAGCAGCGCACUCCCACACCCAACCUCGAGGAACACACCUAGUGGUGGUAAAAUGAUAGCUG